CCCCACCCGCUCACACACGUCACCGGCUACAACCCACAAUCAACACCCCUGUUGUACGCACACAACCUCCGGGCUACCUCCUUCUCUCAUCACAAACCCCACUACCACUACUAUGAUGAUGAACGGGCAAACGAAGAGCUACCUGUCGGCGGUGAUCUUGCUGCUCGCCGCGGCAAUCCAGGCGGAUGCGUUCAUGGUGGCACCAGCAGGGGCAGGAAAGGUGUCCGCGGGGAACAAGGUAGAGGCUCGCGGGGAGGUGUUCAAGCUUAACCUUUCCCCGUACGAGGAGUACAUGGCGUCGAGGGGCGGAGGCAACAGCGCCCCUGCGCCCGCCCCCGCAGCACCGUCGACCCCGGCCAGCCCCCCCGUUUCGUCGCCCGCGUCCUCCGGCGGCGGGGCUAAGUGGCAGCCCAAGGCUGACUGGAAGUCGGCCAAGCCCUCGUCCAGGCCCUCUUACGCGCCCGCUGCCGCCUCCCCCCGGCCGCCCACCGCGCGCGCCGCCGCCCCGGCGUACACCCCCCCGGCCCCGCACAGCCCCCCCGCCGCGGCUGCCCCCGCCUACAGCCCCCCAGCGGCUAAGAAGGCCGGCGAGAAGCACAUCGGCACCGGCGGCAUGGCAGACACCCGCGACCCCGCACCCGUGGACCACGAGGACCCCCGCAAGUCCAUCUCCGCCGCGCCUUCGUUCGCGGAAUACCUCAAGUCCAAGCAGAACUAGAAAGGAAGAUGAAUCGAGUGCGAUUGAUUACCCGUGCAAUACUCAUUCGACUCGUUGUCGAGGAGUUGAGCUGGGUCUGUUGGUCUGACAGGCGUGUGACAUGGAUGGAUCGAUCAUCCCUAAACUCGGCAGCUUGAGUUGAGUGGUUGAUGUAUUUUUGACCCUGAGGGGGUGGGUUGAACUGCUGCCUCACGACGGCGCUGAAGGAUGAACUUAUUAGAGCGGAUAGGGGAGGUGUCGCGGCGCCACUGCGAGUAGGUAGCAGUAGACUUUGAUGUGGAUGGUAAGAGCCGGAUGCGUCGCUUCGCGUUGCAUGUAGUCAGAUGUGCUGGGAUGGGUUCUCGGCGGGAGAAUAUGCCAAGAACAUCGUAUAGAUUAUGCCGUUUUUUUUUUGGGAGUGUUUCGGGUGCGGUGCGAUGCCCACGCAGCCCCCACGCCUCCCCCCUCCCCCACCGAAGCCUUGCAAUUGAUCGAAGGCAAAUCCAAAUUCUUGUCCAUGUUACCGCUGUUGACCCAGCCUGCGAAUGGCGCGGAUUUUGAGCAGAAGCUGGUGGAACUGAAGAGACUGGACUUCACGUAAUGGCGGUUCUUCCUUGCAUCUUUCACCAGUUAGUGCCCAUAUGGCAAUAGACAAGCCAGGCAGUGCUGGCUCGUCGAUCAUUUUUUAUCAAGAGGAAUUGCUUGUUUUAGGGGGAGGUAGCAGUAUCAUCGGGAUCGACAGAUUUGUUUCUGGGGAAUGAAGUUGUAGGGUGAGCGAUUUUUUAUGAACCGGGGAAGAACAGUCCACCCACCUGUUUCGUUUUGAGUAUAAAACGUCGAGGCAGAAACCUCGCGGCCGCCCUUCUCUUCUGUUGGUUAAUGUUGUUAAGUUCACGAUGAGGGGAUUUCCGGGAUUUUUCGUCACGUUUUCUUCUUUUGGAUGGUGCGCACACUGUCCACGCAAAGACUGGUUGAGAAGAACUCGGGCGGCAGAGCCUGCCUACUCUCGGUGACGUCUUUUACGGCGUCCACAGAAGGAGGAAGAAGAGGUCCAUGCGCCGUUGACUGAGAUUUCACUUAUCAUCUUAGGAACGGCGGGACAUGAGACCUACGCUACAGCUUGGUAUGAGGUUUCCGUGGCACAUUAAAAGAAAUCGAGGAUUGGCCAGCUAGUGUCGCCGCUGUUUCUUAAUCUUUAAAAGUGUCCGUGCAUCUGGUUGGUGUUGUUACCGCUCCUCGUAGAAGGUGUCCAACCGUAGAUGUCGUCGAGGCGAGUCGUUUGUAGCUGAGGAAGGAGGUGCUUCUUCGCGUUCAUUUAAUCAAAUGAAAACCAAGGCUGGUGUUCCCGUUCACCGCUGUUGCUCCCCAGGUUAAAAAGCAAACAAUAUUGUAUCCGUACAUGCAACCCUUGCCUCUCUGGUUCGUUCGGUCGUCGCUUGGAACCCUUUUUGCUGUUUUUUUAAGCAUGUGAAUACAUGUGCGUACAUGCGACUGCGGCGAUGAAACCCUCCCUUCAUAUAUGGAU